CCCCCUCCUCGGUGCCCCUCACGGCCAUGGCGUCGCCCCCGGCGCCCCCAGCCAAGAAGCGGAAGAUGAACUUCUCGGAACGGGAGGUGGAGAUCAUCGUGGAGGAGCUGGAGCGCGGCAAGCACCUCCUCAUCAACCACUUCAACGCGGGCGUGCCCCUGGCCGCCAAGGCCGCCGCCUGGCACGACAUCCUGCGCCGCGUCAACGCCGUCGCCACCUGCCACCGCGAGCUGCCCGAGGUCAAGAAGAAGUGGUCCGACCUCAAGACUGAGGUGCGACGAAAAGUGGCCCAAGUCCGUGCUGCCAUGGAAGGGGGAGGCGAGAGCCAGAACAGCAACGGCAACGGGCCGGAGAGCGAAGACCCGACGGGUGCCGCGACCACCCCGGUUAUCCUCACCCCCAUGCAGCAACGCAUCUGCAACCUGCUGGGAGAAGCCACCAUCAUCAGUUUGCCGAGUGGGGACUGCAGUGCAGGUGACGGGACUGAGAUACCCAUCACCGCAUCAGCCACCACGGUCACCCUGACCCAGAUUCCUGCAGAGACAACCUACCACAGCCUGGAGGACGGAGUUGUGGAGUACUGCACAACAGAAGCACCCACCACAGUCACCGCCGAAGCACCCUUGGAGAUGAUGGCACAUCAACACGAAGUGUCUGCGAAACCGCAGGAGCUGAAAAGUCGAAUCGCUCUGAACUCAGCCAAGCUCUUGCAGGAGCAGCGAGUGACCAACUUGCAUGUGAAGGAGAUUGCCCAGCACCUGGAGCAGCAGAAUGACUUGCUUCAGAUGAUUCGUCGCUCUCAGGAGGUGCAGGCAUGCGCCCAGGAGCGACAGGCACAAGCCAUGGAAGGAACACAGGCGGCACUGAGUGCCCUCAUCCAGGUCCUCCGCCCCAUGAUUAAGGACUUCCGUCGAUUUUUGCAGAGCAAUACACCCAGUCCGUCGGUCACCACUGACCCCAGCCAGACGGGGCAGCAAGAUGGCAUGAUCCAGUGAAAGAAACAGCGAUGGGAUGUCUUUCUUGGAAAAAACCUGCCCGUGCUGCCAGCAGACACAGGGAGUGAGGGGUGCUAGCUCUUGUCAAUAUGAGAUGGCUCAUCUUGGAGCCUUGCUGAGCCUAACCAGCUUUCUUUCUCUGCUAAUCUUGAAAUAAUCUGCCUUUUCAGACUCAUACAGAGCCGUAGCAGGAUGUGUAAUAAACCAGGAACUUAAUAUUGGUUGCUUUAGUUCCUCAAAGAAUAGAUUUAUUAAAAAAACAGUUAUUUUUUUAUUUCUGUUUGGAAAAACUCUACUAAGUAUGACACCUCUCUUUCUCUUCUCCCCCCCUCCCCCCAAGAUCUCUCAAGCCUUUAACUGACUUCUAACAUGGAGAGUCUUGCUGCGAUAUCACAGUACUGCAGCUGCCAGGGUACAGUCAUCAUAAACUGUAGCGCACGGUAGUGAAUGCAUUGACUGGAAACGUGGUACGAGAUGUGGUACAACCUUCUCUCUGCACCGAGAAUUAUGGAUACUGCUCUUGGAGCAUGACAUCCAGCCCAUGAAGUCCAGCACCAAGCCUACAUGCAGUUUAAAUCCCACCCACAUCCCCUGAGGAUAUAAAUGGGAUUAAAAUAGUGCAUCCACCUCAUAUUCUACCUGUGUGCGGUCAUGAUAUUUCGCUCUAAACUUGGCAGAUGUGAUGAAAAUUUCAUGUCUUGGUUACCAGAUACUGUCCUGGCAUACGUAUCGGAAGCAAUGUAUUCCCUGUCUCAGCAUAGUUAAUCCACAAGGGCCUGGAUGAGUUUCGCUCAGGUGGGUGUAACAGGUGAUACUGCAUCUCCAUCUCAUCUGCAUAGUUUGUCACCUCCAUAGUUACUUGAUCUGUCAAAGUGGACCUGGCCUGCAGAUUUUCAGCCACACAGUAAUUCCCAACGUUUAGGAGUUUGUCAGCCACUGAUUUGAGUGAAUUUUGGAGCAUUAGUUGGUUCUGCUGGUGGUGGUGGUAUUUGUGCUGUAUGUAUUAGGAGCUGGAAGCGAGUAGAGCCAUUCUCUGGCUUUGAAUGGCAUUCUGAGAAAUGGGUCUGAGGUUCACCUCGCUGUUUUCUUACCAUUAUACAGGGUAAAACAACGUUUGCAGACACUUUUAUGGGAGGUGUUCAGGGUGUGGGGCUUGGUCCUCAAUGAGAAAGCUUAAUUUCACAGGACGGUGAACGAUUCUCACAGGCUUGCAGUAAUUUCAUAAACUUUUAGAUUAAAAGCUCCACUUGUACAUGCAUGGAAGCAAACUUAGAAAAAGAAGGAAGGAUAACUCUUCUUCUCCCUGUACCUUGCGAAGUGUGUCAUGUUUAACGGGCUUUUUGCUUGCCAGAUGUUACUUUUGAAAUGGAACUUUUUCAGAGCUGGUAUUUGCUUGCUGUUAAGUCUCCUUUAGGGCUGAGACGUGGUGAGCAACAACUGACGAGGGAGUGAAUUUGCACAAUCAAACCUUUACACAGCCUUUUGCAGGGGGGUUGCUGAUGGGGGACCCUGCUAGAGCAGUAGGUGAAGAGGCGACCGCUGCCUGUCUCUAGCCUUUACUCCUCUCCUCCCGUCUGCAAGUCUGACGGGGGAGAAAAGGACGGCGCAGUGAGAAGGGCUUGGCCCCUGGAGGACUCCCGACCCUUCGGCACUGACACCUCUGUGCUGAGUCAGGGCGGCGGCAGCUGCGUCUUCCCGCCUCGUCCGGCAUCUCACCACAUGAGUAACACUCGCCUGACUCUUCCUCUCGGACUUCGGGGAAUCAAAUCAAUUGCUCAAUUUAA